AUGUCUUAUACUAAAGAACAAGAGACAAUAGUAUUAAAAGUUUUAUCUUAUAAACAACAUCAAUUUUAUGAAAUUUUACAAGUUUCAAAAACUUCAAAUGAUUCUGAAAUUAAAAAAUCAUAUAGGAAAUUAGCUAUUAAAUGUCAUCCUGAUAAAAAUUCACAUCCAAGAUCAGCAGAAGCUUUUAAAAUUGUAAAUAAAGCAUGGGAAGUCUUAUCAGAUCCUGAUAAAAAGAGAAUAUUUGAUCAAACUGGUACUGAUCCUACUUCAAGAUUUUCAGGUGUUUCUAAUGGAGGUGCUUCUGGUGUUGAUCCAUUCAAUCGAUUCGCUAAUAGUGGAGGUACAAGAUAUCGUACAACUGCAAAUGCAAGUCCAUUUGAAGAAGAUUUAUUUAAUAUGUUUUUCGGUGGUGGUGGAGCAAGUCCAUUUUCAACUGGUCCAACAUUUACAUUUGGUAAUAAUGGAUUUACGUUCCAAUCAUUUGGUGGUGGACAAGAUCCAUUUAUGAGACAAAGAAGAACUGCUAGAUCAAGAAAUGCAAGAAAUCAAUCAUCACAUUCUCAUUCAUCAUCAUCAUCAACUACACAAAAUACUCCAGAACCUAAUAUUUUUGAAACUUUAAAAGGUUUAGUACCUAUAUUAUUAUUAUUAAUUGUACCUAUACUAUCAGCAAUUUUUGGAGAUUCACCACCAGAUUAUUCAUUUGUUAAAACAAGAGAUUAUAAUAUAAAAAGAACAACUCCCAAUUAUAAAAUACCAUUUUAUGUAAAUGAUAGUUUUAAUAAGAAAUAUAGUAAUAAACUGAUUAAACAAUUGAGGAAUUAUGAUUCAAAAGUUGAAAAUUUAUAUAUUCAAGAUAAAAGAACAAGAUGUCAAAGAGAACAAUUACAUAAAGAUCAAUUAAUUGAAGAUGCACAUGGUUGGUUUACAAUAGAUUAUGAUAAAUUAAAACAAGCAGAACAAUUACCAAUGCCAAAUUGUGAUGUUUUACAAUCAUUAAACUUGAUAUAG